AUGCUUGGGUUCACCAAAAGGACAGAAAUCGAAGAAGUUGAUCAAGGUUACGAAGAACGCGCCUCUAAACCUUCAGGAUUUAACCUGAAAAUUGGUUUUUUAGUUAUCUAUCUGUCGUCGUUGAUGUUUUUACUAUCAUCAAACUAUUUUGAAGCUCAACUACCAACAAAAGUUGCAUCAUUUGACAUUGAAUAUUAUCAGAACCCUUCGUCAGUUUUGGAAAAGAUCUUUGAAAUCACAGAAGAAGGAACAGUCAAAGUUAUCGAACCUUCCUUAUAUAUCGAUGAGCAUCAAGCAAGACUGGAUAUGAUGAUAUACGAAUAUUACAAUGAUUCUUCAAGUGUUAAUGAGACAGAAUUGAACGCUUUCUCAACAGGACUUAUAUUUCUUCAAGAAUUGGAGUCGCCUUUCAAAAACUAUUUCGGUUUAAAUGGAGAUUUAUAUUACGAUAUAGUUGACUUUCUUGAAAACACAAUCUACACUUUAUACUUUGAUGAAUUUGCUACAGAAUUUGAAGAUUCCAUGGAUUUGAAUAAUUUAAUUCAUUGGAUCCAAGUUAAUAACAACUUAAGAUUUGUGCUGUUUUUCCUGAUUAUCAUAUAUAUUGUUGAACAGGCCAUAUCAUUUCUAACACCUAAAAACAAGUUCCUUCAUACAAAAAAACUUGUGUUGUUGUCAAUCAAUAUCUGUACAACUUUGGCUAUUCUAGGAAGUUUUGUUGUUUACUGCUGGAUUGUUUACAGAUAUCCUUCUCCCAUAAAUAAUUUCAACCUAGUGACCACCAUAUUUAUAUUCAUAAGUUCUAUAUCUGCUAAUAUCUACAAUUUCAAAUAG